AUGCCCGCUGCAGUGGGGCUGCUCAAAGACGACGUGGUGCGUCAGGCGAUCGUCAAUGGGACGGACGCGCCCAAGGGGCGGUAUCGUUACAUCGCCUCCCUGCGCAGCAGCUUUGAUGGAUGGAUGCACUUCUGCGGAGGAGUGCUUAUCCACCCCUCUGCCGUGCUGACCGCCGGGCACUGCGUGCGCAACCACUUCACGGGAGAAGACUAUGAUGACGACUUGCACCGCCCGCUGGUGCGGCUGGGGGGCUACCGCAAGUCGUUGGAUGGGCCCGCCGAAUAUGAGGAGCGGCUGACCAAGAAGACACUGGUGCACCCCCGCUUCAAGACGGGCUUCACCGGAGACCUCACCCUCGACUUCAUGACGCACGAUGCCGCCAUCCUGAUCCUGGAGCAGCCCAGCAGCAUGCCGGUGCUCCGCCUGCCGCAGUACAAAGCCAAGUCGGGCAGUAACCCGCUCCGUGACUGGUCACCCGUGACUGCCAUGGGCUGGGGCUGGCUCGAUGCGGAGGAAGAGGACUCGGAGGCCCUUCAGCAGGCAGGCCUGGCAGGCAGCAGCUGGCGCGGGCUGCCCGCAGCUCUGGCCAUGAGCCUCGUCCCGCUGGCCACAUGCCAGGCGGACCUGGGGUCGGUGAGCUUUGUGAUGGAGGGCGGCGUCAGGCGGCGGGUGGAGUACGACUUUGCCAACAACAGCCUCGUGUGUGCGGCCCGCGACUACCCGAACACGUUCAGCGGCAUCUGCGGCGGCGACUCGGGGUCCCCGCUGGUGGCCAAAGGCAGCGGGGGCGUGUCUGCGGGCGGCAGCCAGGACCUGCUGGUCGGCAUCGCCUCCUUCGCCUCCGCCAAGUGCGGCACUGUGGCGCGCAAGCCCAGCGCCUUUACAGAUGUGGCUGACAUUAUGGAUUGGGUGGCCGCCACCCUGAAGCAGCUGCCAGGCACCCCAGCCAGCUCGCCCACCAAGCCAGGCAGGCGCCUCGUGGCAUCAGUGGAUGCGACCACAGCGGUGGGCUUCACUGGCAAGGCAACCCAGAUCAAGCAGCGGGCUGGCACCACGCUCAAGAUCCUGACCUAUCCCAAGUGGAGCCUGACCGCCACGCUGCGCAGCGGCAGCACCAAGGGGAGCGUGGUCCUGGGCCAAGUGGUCCUGCGGGGUCCUGGUACCGCUGUACGGGUGGCCAUUUCGAAAGGCAGCGCCGUGGUGAUGGUCAAUGGCAAGGCUCUGCGGGCGGGCGGACGGCAAACGAUCCGGGGCGCGGCUGUGCGCGCCGCCACGAACAAGGCUCGCACCAAUCGGGUGUUUGCGAUCGAGCAGCCUGGGCUGGCCAUCCGCGUCAUCCAGCCCUACUCCAAGAGGCUCAAGAAGCUGCUGCCGCAGCUCAGCGUGGCCAUCACCCUCACCGCCCCUCCCGCCUACCAGAUGGGAGGCGUGCUGGGCGCCACGCUUCCGCGCGCCGCGGUGGCGGCGUCGGCAGUCGCCGCGGUGGCGGGGCCCCUCACCGCCUCGCUCGUCUCCGGCGGCGGCGAGUGA